AUGAAUUACAGUCCAGUGCUUCGGUCCCUGGCCCAAAGGAAGCCCACCAUGAAAGUGGAGGAGUGCCUGUGGAGGGGUCUGCAGGAAUGGCAGUAUACAAGCAACUAUGACCGGAUGAUCUUCUUUGAGAUGGCUGAAAAGUUUACAGAAUUUGAGAGUUCAGAAGAGAAGGAGAAUUCAAGGCUGGAGAUGAUGAGAAGUAUCAAGUGCCAAGUUCUUGCAACUGCAAAGCAAGAUGCUCCAAGGCCCCCAGCUCCUGAGGUGUUUGAGGAACCAGCAUGCAACUCCAUGAAGAUUGGUUCCAAGACUGACCCUGCACGCCUCCCAGUAUUCAGACACAGGCAAUUACAAAAGACUGAGGCACCCAUGGAAAUUCUACCUGAAGCCGUGCAGGAGUACAUAGAUAUUAUGGACUGGCUAGAGAGGCUUCCAUAGUCAUACACAGGAGAGCCCACAGAAAAAGAGGAAGAAGAGAACAGUGAGCCAGAGCAGGAGGAAGAUGACUUCUACUCAGAUGCAGGAGUCCUGUGCUACAUUGAUGAGCUGUGCUCCCAGAAACACUUUGUUGACCAAGUGGAGGACAUAAUAAACCCCCAAUUUGUGGCAGAAAUCCUAUCUUCCAAGCCAGAGAUGGAUAUACUGUCUCUAAUGAAGGAGCUAGAGUACGAGGAAGAAUUCACCUGGGAUGAGUCUUAUAUGCAGCUGGUGGAAGAGCACUGCCUGGCUUUGAAGAAGAAAGGCUGUAAGAGGGCACCUCUGAACCCUGGUGACCCUCAGAUACUUUCCAAUGCUUCUGUACCAACUGUCUGUCAAGGUGCAAAGAGAGAAAGCCAUAGUACCCAAAGAGGGACCAGUGAACAAAAAAGUUCCUCACCGGUGACUUCUUUAGAUCAUCAGUGUCCUGGAGCUACCAAUGCCGAAAUAUGGGUGCCUAGGCCUAAUGUCUUCCCAAGUAGUCAGUGUUUACUCUCACUGGGAGACACCGGGUCCACUGUUAUUCCCUAUGGCAGAGGAGCCCAUCCACAAAUCCCAGGGUCCAGAUGUGCAAUGAGCUUCAGAGGAGUUUGUGCUAUGGAGGAGUUCCAGGAGGCACUGGGCAGAACCAUUGAGGACAGAGAGCUCCCCAGCUUGUCCUUCCUCCUGUGUUCCCACUACAUGCUGGUGCGUUGGAAACUGUCUGGCUAUUUGUGCCCCUAUACAGGUCUCUCUGACUCUGAUAGUAUCCCUAAAACCUUAUCUCCAAAGAUGAGGGACCUCAGUCCUGAUACAUCUUCAAAUGACAAGUCAGAGCAGCCAGCUAUCAUUGGAGGCUUGAAUCCUAUGGCUAAGAGGUCCAACUCAGGGCUUGGUCAUGGGAUAUUUGAAGGGUCACUCUCAGCCCUGGGGCUUGCUCACUCUUCGCAGGCACAGAAGAAGUUUGAAUCACUAAGCACCCGGAAGAGGAAGUGGAAGAAGUGGCACUGUGCCACCUGUGGGAUAUCCCCUCAAAGCAGGCAGAGUUUAACUCUAUCUCCACCCUGCACCCUCAUACCAAAAAUGAAAAAGAAAACACACUGA